AUGUCAUAUUUAAAAUUAAUGAAAGGUAAAUUUUCUUCUCAAAUAAGCCAACAACUACAGAGGAAUAUCUCCAGAAAAAUAGCCCCACAAACCAGAACAAUGUCUACUAAACUAAACUUCAACAUUUCUAGUGCUCAAACUAUUGAAUAUGAAGAAAAAUACGCCGCUCACAACUAUCAUCCAAUUCCAGUUGUGUUCCACAAAGCUAAAGGUGCUCAUGUGUGGGACCCAGAGGGUAAAGAAUAUGUUGACUGGUUGUCUUGUUACAGUGCUAUGAACCAAGGUCACUGUCAUCCAGAAAUUAUUGGUGCUUUAGUUGAUCAAGCUUCUAAAUUAACUUUGUCUUCAAGAGCUUUUCAUAACGAUGUUUUUGCAUUAUUUGCAAAGUAUGCUACCGAGUACUUCAACUAUGAAAGUAUUUUGCCAAUGAACACAGGUGCUGAAGCUGUUGAAACAGGUUUAAAAUUGGCUAGAAGAUGGGGUUAUGUCAAGAAAGGCAUCCCUGAAAAUGAGGCUAUUAUUCUUGCAGCUCAAGGUAAUUUCCAUGGUCGUACUUUUGGGGCCAUUUCUUUAAGUACUGAUGAAGAAGAUUCAAGAAAAAACUAUGGUCCAUUUUUGAAUACCCUUACUGCUAAAAUUCCAGGUGGUGAAGAAAACGAAUACAUCAGAUAUGGUGUUAUUGAAGAUAUCGAAAGAGCCUUCAAAUCACAUGGUGACAAAAUUGCUGCCAUCUUAUUAGAACCAAUUCAAGGUGAAGCUGGGAUUGUUGUCCCACCUCCUGACUACUUGACCAAAGUUCAAGAAUUAUGUCGUAAGUAUAACGUUCUAUUCAUCUGUGAUGAAAUUCAAACAGGUAUUGGUAGAACCGGUAAAUUAUUGUGUUACGAACACUCUGCAAAUGUCAAGCCAGAUGUUGUUUUAUUAGGUAAGGCUAUUUCUGGUGGUGUCUUGCCAGUUUCCUGCGUUUUAUCCUCUACAGAAAUCAUGUCUGUUUUUACUCCAGGUUCUCAUGGAUCCACUUAUGGUGGUAAUCCAUUAGCUUCUCGUGUUUCCAUUGCCGCUUUAGAAGUUGUUAAGAACGAGAAAUUAACUGAAAGAUCCAAAGAAUUGGGUGAUUUGUUAUUGGAAAAAUUAACUGAACUACAAAAAAGGUCAGCUGGUAUUAUAUCAGAAGUUCGUGGUAAGGGUUUAUUGACUGCAAUUGUGAUUGAUCCUACAAAAUCCAAUGGUAGAACUGCUUGGGAUCUUUGUUUAUUAAUGAAAGAUGAAGGUGUUUUAGCUAAGCCAACUCAUGAUCACAUUAUCAGAUUGUCUCCACCAUUGGUUAUUUCUAAGGAAGAUUUAUUGAAUGGUGUUGCAGUCAUUGAAAAAUGUUUAAAAAAGUUGCCAACUGCUGAAAAGGCCAGUCAUUAA